AUGAGAACAUCUUCCUCGCGUAUCCAGUUUCCGAUUCAUCACAGAUCUAACCCGCAAAUUCAUCCUGACUCCGCUAUAUCUACUGAGCCUCCACCACCGGGACGCAACGUAUCAGGAGCUACGGAGAUCCCUGAGCCCUUCGACUCAGUCGUGCUGUUUCCUGCCAGCGACAACAGUCGUUCCGGCCCUGAGUUCGUCUGUGGUGAAGGGGUUCUCCAGCCUGCGCUUUCAGGCAAGUACGCUGUUAUCGACUGUUCUUCUCCGCGUGAUGGAAUUUGCAUUUCUAGGGAUCUUCGUGCUUAUUCUGCACCCGACACAUCUGAGCCUAUCAACGUUUACUACCAGAACGUCGGUGGUGUGAAUUCCUGUCUGGUUGACUACCUCCUUGCCACAUCAAGUUCCUGCUACGAAAUCAUCGCCUUUACGAAAACAUGGCUAAACGACCGCACCUUAUCUAGUCAAAUUAUCGGCCCAGACUAUGUAGUAUUCCGUUGCGAUCGAAGCCCCCUGAACAGCAAAAAAUCAACUGGUGGCGGAGUUUUGCUUGCCGUAAAGUCCAGACUCACGGCUCAGUUGAUCGAAGACAGUUCCUGGAACGAUUUGGAACUUCUUUGGGCCCGUAUUGAUUUCGGUGACCGGAAACUGUACUUAUGCGUAGUGUACAUGCCUCCUGAUCGCUCUAGUGAUCUGGUUGUAGCUGAGUCUUUCUCGCGCUGCCUCUCCAAAGUUAGCUCAAUCUGCUCUCCCGUAGAUGAUAUUCUUGUUAUCGGUGAUUUCAACAUGCCUGGCUUGAAAUGGUGCCCAUCCCACGGUGCCUUUUUGUUCCCAGAUCCUAUGCGCUCCUAUUUCUCGGCUCCUUCCAACAUCUUCCUGGAUUCUUUGAGCACCGCGACUCUUCGCCAGAUCAACAACUUCGAAAACGAAAACGGCCGUAGGCUAGACCUCUGCUUCAUAAACGAAGGCUUCAGGAAACCGACAAUUGAUUUAGCUCCCGCUCCUCUCGUCAAAGUUGUUUCUCAUCAUCCAGCUUUAGUGGUCUCACUCGAUGUCACUAACAUUAACGCCUCCUUAGAGGAAACUGCUUCCUUCUACCAGGACUUCAAAAACGCCGAUUACGAAGCUAUCUCUCGCGUCCUAGGUUCCAUCGAAUGGGAGAACGAGCUCGAUCUCUCUAACCCCAAUGCUGCCGCUGCGACUUUCUCAAACAUACUGAACUACAUAAUCGAUCCUCAUGUUCCGAAACGCAGCUUACCUUCCAACCCUCGAGCUCCCUGGGUCACUAACCAGCUGCGACAAUUGAAGACGGCUAAAAACCGUGCUCUUCGAUACUACAGCAAGCACAAGUCCCUCUGCACAAAAGAAGAUUACCGCAAACUAAACACAGCGUACAAAAAAAGCAGCAGGCGUUGCUACCAGAACUAUCUUCACCGGCUACAACGCAAUUUUAAAACCAAUCCGAAAUCAUUCUGGAAGUACGUCAAAAAUCAGCGGAGAGAAUCCGGACUUCCGUCUCAAAUGUUCUUGAACGGCAACUCAGCAAACACCGAUCCUGAAAUAUGUAAUCUUUUUGCUGAGAAGUUUUCAAGCGUUUUCACAACGGGGUCCAUUUCCUCAGAGCAACUGGAUAUGGCUGUAAGAAAUAUUUCACCUCUUGAUUCUUCCUUGAACGGUAUCACUUUCGAUGACGCAGCCAUUUUGAAGGCGACAGCUAAGCUUAAAAAUUCAUCAUCUACGGGUCCGGACGGGAUACCAGCCAUCUUCUUGAAACGUUUCAUGCCACACCUACUGACUCCCAUUAGGCACAUUUUUCGAGCUUCGCUGGACUUCGCAAUCUUUCCCUCGCUUUGGAAAGAAGCUUACAUGUUCCCUGUUCACAAAAAAGGAGAUAAGAAAGAUAUAAACAACUACCGAGGAAUUUCAGCUCUCUGUUCGAUAGCCAAACUGUUUGAAUUGGUUGUUCUGGAUCCAAUUUUUUCGUCCACGAAGCAAUACUUUUCCAACGAUCAACACGGAUUUUUGCCAAAGCGAUCCACGACUACAAAUUUGCUGACUUUCACAUCGUUCGUGCAAGAUAGCUUUGCCAUGAAGUCUCAAACUGACGCCAUCUAUACUGAUUUGUCUGCUGCCUUCGAUAAACAUCGUUCGUUCAACUCUCGAAUAUGCAUCAGCAGUUUGGUGCCGAUUUUACCAGAAUGGAGCCGAACGAAUUGA